AGGAGGGGAGGAGGAUCGGCAGGAGGGGAGGAGGCUGGUGUGGCCAGUCCUGCCCGUGCUCAACCUGAGCCCCGGGUCUGCAGGGUCCGCGGCGGCAGGCUGAGCUCGGGGCUCGGCCCCUGCCCCGGGCCCCCCGGUCCCCUCUCCCCCCGCCCCAUGUCCCUGGAGGCGGCGGAUCCGGGGUCGGGCGAGCACCCGGGCGGCGUCCUGUCCGGGAAACUCCUCAACGAGCAGCCGGACGAGUCCCCGCUGGUGAAGCCCGCCGUGGCCGACCUCCGCCGCCGGGCCGCCGCCGCCGCCGGCCCCGGGACCCUCACCGACGCCUUCCUCCUCCGCUUCCUGCGCGCCCGGGACUUCCACACCGACCAAGCUUGGAAGCUAAUGCAAAACUAUCACAAAUGGAGAGCCGAAUGCCCGGAAAUCAGUGCAGACCUCCGACCAGCAACCAUUCUUGGCCUGCUUCGGGCUGGUUACCAUGGAGUCCUGAGGUCCAGAGACCAGACCGGCAGUAGAGUUCUCAUUUACAGAAUUGCCCAGUGGGAUCCCAAGGAAUUCUCUGCCUAUGAUGUGUUCCGGGUGAGUCUGAUCACCUCCGAGCUCAUCGUGAAGGAAGUGGAGACGCAGCGGAAUGGAAUCAAGGCUAUCUUUGAUCUCGAAGGGUGGCAGUUCGCACACGCCUUCCAGAUCAGCCCCACAGUGGCCAAAAAGAUCGCUGCCGUGCUCACGGAUUCUUUUCCCCUAAAAGUCCGGGGCAUUCACUUGAUAAAUGAGCCUUCCUUCUUCCAUUCUGUUUUUAUGAUGAUAAGGCCUUUUCUGACAGAAAAAAUAAAGCAGCGGAUUCACCUGCACGGGAGCAAUUAUGAACAAACCCUAACUCAGCACUUCCCAGAUAUUCUCCCCGUGGAGUAUGGCGGCGAGGAUUUCUCCAUGGAAGACCUCUGUAAGGAAUGGACAGACUUCAUAAUGAAGUCAGAAGAUUAUCUCCACAGCAUUUCUCAGAAGGUCGAGUGAGAAGAUGACUUGGAACAUUCAUUCAUUCAAUCAUAUCUGUUGAGCGCUUACUGUGUGCAGAGCACUGUAUUGAGUGCUUGAAUCUGGGAAGUGCUAGGAUUAUGUCUCAGGGUGGGGCUUGCUAAUUGUGAACCCUGGCGAUGAAUGGUAAUCUGUCUAAUGUGAAAUUGCUUCCAGUAAGACCAAUCCUGGGUAAGGACCAUCUCCAUAUGUCGCCAACUUGUACUUCCCAAGCGCUUAGUACAGUGCUCUGCACACAGUAAGCGCUCGAUAAAUAUGAUUGAAUGAAUGAAUGAACGGGAAAGUGCUGGUGUGUGGCGGUGGAUGGAGGUGAUCCUUGCCUUCUUGUGUUUUCUUGUUCCUUGGAGAUGGCCGCUCUGGAUUCCCACCUAGGCCCCUGGGAAGGGACGGUAUCCGGCCUCCCCUGAGCACAGGGAAGAGGACCCUAUCUCCACAGCUCAUUCAGAUUCCCUCAGAUUACCCUGUGGAUGCAGGACACUGAACUGGGAGCGACAGAGGGCAUCCAGAAGAUACACCACACACAUCCUCCUCCAUCCACCUCAGACCGAGUCUCGUCCCUUCUUUCUGGGCCUACCCCUUCUCAAGGGGGGCCCUCUGCUCCAUCCCAGCAGGGUGUUUCUCUUUCUUUCCCCAGCCUUCACCCUGCCGCCUCCUCACAUGUAGGCCAUGUAUCCCUGCCUGGCUGCUCCAGCUGGCUAUUACUAGCCAGAGGAAGGGUUGCAAUAGUGGGAGGGGAGAAUUAGUCUCAGAAGGAUGAGAGCAUGUGGUGUAAUUGGAGAGAGAGAGAAAGAAAUAAAGAGAAGGAAGGAAGGGAGAGAGAAAGAAAAAAGUACAAAUUAACCACUAGCCUAGGUGUGCAUGACCAGGGUAGUCCCGGCGGCCUAUAUGGGAAAUUUCUGGAGUGAGGUGCCUUUAUAAGCAGCAACCAGGCUACCAUUGAGCUCAAUACCAGGUAAAAACAGCAUUGCCUAGUGGAUAGAGCGUGAGUUUGGGAAUCAGAAGGACUGCCACGUCGGCUCUGUGACCUCAG